AUGUUGUGGGUACUACUAGGAUUAUUUACAAUUGCAAUUUUGUUAUAUUUUUAUGGAACGCGAACAUUCGGGUACUGGGCCAAGCGUGGAGUCAAGCACGAUGCUCCAGUACCAUUCUUUGGCACCGCGAAGCGGCAGUUCCUCCAGCAAAUAUCCUUCGCCGAUAUUUACGAUGAGAUGUACCAGAAGUAUCCCAGUGAAAGAUUCGUCGGAUACUAUCUCAUGACUACUCCGCUACUGAUUCUAAGGGAUCCCGAAUUAGUCAAACAUGUUUUAGUGUCCGAUUUCAACCACUUCCACGCCAGAAACGUGUUACCACUCGACGAGCAUCCCGAACCGUUGAUGAAAAAUUUGUUUACCUGUGAAGGCGAUCUCUGGAAAUUGUUGAGGCAGAGGAUGACGCCCGCAUUCACGUCCGGGAAGUUAAAGGCGAUGUUUCCCCUGAUCGUGGCGAGGGCCGAGAAGCUGCAGCGAGUGGCGGCCGAGGCGGCGGCGAGCGGCGCCGAGGUCGACGUGCGGGACCUCAUGGCGCGCUACACCACCGACUUCAUCGGCGCCUGCGGCUUCGGCAUCGACACUGACGCACUCAACGAUAAUAAUUCCAUGUUCAGAAAGCUGGGUCAACGCUUGUUCGUCCAGGAAAAAAGGGAGAUGUUCGUUAUUAUCUUUAAAUAUGUGAUGCCGAGUUUGAUGACCAGUUUCCACUUCACGCCUCCUAUGGUUGAAAAUCUGACACUAAAGUUAGUUAAAACUAUAAUGGAUGAGCGCAACUAUAAGUCUUCGGGUAGGAAUGAUUUUAUUGACAUGCUUCUAGAAUUGAAAGCAAAGGGAAAGAUGGUGGGCGAGUCUGUAGUGCAUAAGAAAUCUGAUGGAACUCCUUGCAUGACUGAGAUUGAGAUGGACGACGAACUGAUAGCAGCUCAAGUGUUCGUGUUCUUCGCCGCCGGGUUCGAGACGUCCUCUUCGGCGACCAGCUACACGCUGCAUGAACUGGCGCAUCAUCCCGAGCACCAGAAGAAAUGUCAGCAGGAAAUUGAUGAGGUGCUUGCGCGUUACGAUAACAAAUUAUGCUAUGAUGCUAUUAAGGAGAUGAAGUAUUUGGGCAUGUGUUUUAGUGAAGGCCUCAGAAUAUUCCCUUCCCUCGGCUUCCUGCAGCGUAAAUGCGAGAAGCCCUACACCAUCCCGGGCACGGACGUGACCAUCGACCCCGGGGUCAACAUCAUCGUCCCGGUCAAGUCGCUGCACCUGGACCCGCAGUACUUCCAGGACCCGGAGGAGUUCCGUCCGGAACGGUUCCACCCGGACAAUGUGGCUAGCAUCAACAAAUACGUGUACCUACCAUUCGGAUCUGGACCGAGAGCUUGUAUUGGCGAGCGUCUCGGCUACAUGCAGUCCCUGGCCGGCAUGGCAGCACUCCUGGGCCAGUUCUCCGUGGCGCCCGGCAAGAGCACGCUCCGCAAGCCGCUCAUCGACACCACGGUGCUGGCCGUGCAGUCCAUUAAAGGCGGCAUACCUCUCUCCCUCACUCCCAGGAAGAAGACACAGUGA